AUGGGAUCAAGUUGUAAGUCGAAACCAAUGCGUAAUCAUAUUCAUUACAAUACUUAUUUGUGUGCAUCUACACAACUAGAGAAGCCGAUAGUGUAACAGUAAUAUUCGGAGGAUGAGAUUGUGUAGGAUUCCGUUUCUUCGUGUGAUUACGAAAAAGAGAGAAGUGACACUAAAUCCUUUGUUCUACGUUCUCCAGAUGUUUCUUUGAAUUCGCCCACUUAAAACAAUUCUGUUGUAAUAUCGAAAUUACACAUCACAUCAGAUGACUUUGUAAAACUUCGAAACCGCAACUAUUUGGAUUAUUAUUCAAAUGAAAGGUUGUUGGGAGUAGGCAGUUAUGGUAAAGUGUAUUUGGUGAGGAACAAAUUGACAAGUAGAGUUGAGUUUAAAAUGUUAGAUUAACUGAGAGCAAUGAAAUAAGUGAAGAGGAAACAGAGCGUGGCAUCCAGGAAGUGUUUGAGAGAGAUGGAGAUUUUGGAGAAACUGGAUCAUCCCUUUAUAGUGAAGGCUUUGGAAGUGUUUCAAGAUGAUCAAAAUUACAAUAUGAUUAUUGAGUAACAUUAAUUAUCAAAUUUAGAUUCAUAUCAGGAAUCGAUUUGUAAGAGGAUAUAUCCAAUGGGAAAUUUACAGAAGAGAAGGCGGCCAAAAUUAUGAAUCAGUUAUUAUUAGCUAUUAGUUACAUACAUCAUUAAGGAGUGGUACACAGGGACGUAAAACCAGAAAAUAUCUUGUAUCAAUACAACAAUGGGAAUGACUGGAUUAAAUUGAUAGACUUUGGAAUAUCAGCCAAAAUAAGAAAGAAUAAAAAGUUAAGUUCUUAAUUGGGAUCGGUAAGCAAUCCUGUAAAUUUAGAUGUACUUCAUGGCUCCAGAGAUAUUUCAGAAGGAUUACGGCAAGUAAAUAGACAUUUGGGCAUGUGGAGUGACUCUCUUUUAUAUGGUUCAGAAACGCUAUCCUUUUAUGGGCAAAACGGAUCAAGAAAUGAAGAAUGCCAUUAUGAGUGGUCACUUCACUUUGGAUCAAGGCAUCAGUCCAGAGUUGAAGAGUCUCUUGGGCAAAAUGUUAUAAGUAAAUCCCAACAAGCGUAUUACAGCUUAGUAAGCCUUGCAUGAAGAUUGGUUUGCCAAGUUUAAUUAAGGCUUUCAAUUAAAUUAAUCAGUAUUUGUUUAUUUGAAAUCCAUAGGUAAUUCAAAAAUUAUUGAAUUACAACAGCACUUCCCUCUUUGAAGAACUCAUUUUUUCUUUGAUUACUUACUACGGUUAAAAUUCAGAUGACUCAGGAUAAGCCCUCUAAACAUUUCUAUGUUUGGAUAGGGAUUAGGAUGGGUAGAUCUCCAAAUAAGAACUAAAACAAACUAUUAAGAGUUACAAUCUGAAUAUAGAAAAUCAAUCUAGACUUAUCGACAAUCUAUACUCCAGUCUUAAUAAACAAUAGGAUGAUACAUUAACUUAUAAAGGUUUGUAUUUUUAUAUAAUUAAUAGAAUUUUUGGCUGCAUCAGUGGCAAGUGAGAAAAUCCAGACCAGAAAAUGCUAGAAAUUGUGUUUUUAAUUGAUUGAUGCAGAUUAGGAUGGCAAAUUUUCAGAAUCUGAUUUUUGCCAUCUUAUGGGAAGAAAAUAAGCGAAUUUGUGGCAUUUGUUGAAUCCAACAGUUAAAACCUACAUCACAGAAGAAGAAUUUUAUGGCAUGUUCAAAUAAUGA